CAACAACAAUAAAAGAUGUUUGCAUUGUGGUAUCUGACGUUCGCCGUUGACGAAAUACGCAAACGUUUGGCGUGGCUUUUUGGUCCAAAGAAGCCUGCACAACAAGCGCUUGAUAACAAACCAGCCGUUGCUGCCCCCUCGCCAGCUCCUGCGCCAGCACCACAACCUGCUGCCAAGCCAAACACACCACCAGCAACACCUUCGAAACCAGCCGCAGCGCCUGUUAGUCCACCCAAGCCAUCGACCCCAACGCAGCCUGCGGUCACUAAGCCAGCGCCUGCAGCUCCAGCACCAGCACCUACUCCAGUUGUAGCACCCAAGACAGCUCCUGCUCCAGCUCCAGUUCAAGUGCCUACUCCAGCUCCUGCCCCAGCACCUGUUCCCGUUGUAGCACCCAAGCCUACACCAGCACCCACUCCAGUUGUUGUUGCACCCACUCCAGCACCUGCUCCAGUUGUUGCACCCAAACAAGCCGACAAGAUGCCUAUUCCCUUGCCCAAAGCUCUAACCGAGUCCAAUACUAAUGGCACAAACAAUGGCACUGCCACCAAUGGCAACGGCAAUCAGUUGGAUGCCUUGGAUCAGAAGCUUUUCGACGCCACUUUGCCACCGAGCAAAGUGGCAAAGAUUGACAAGGAGCAGCUUAAGGAUGCCAGCAAUGAUUUCAUCAAAGGCGAGGCUCAAGCCUUUGUGCAGUCUAUCAAAGAGGCGCAGCAAGCGGGUGAACGCAAACAAGACACCAUGGUUGAUGCCGCUGUUCUCGCUAAACUGGAGGAGGGUUUCGCCAAGUUGGCUGCCUCCGACUCCAAGUCGCUGUUGAAGAAGUACCUGACCAAGGAGGUCUUCGACAACCUGAAGAACAAGGUGACCCCCACCUUCAAGUCGACCUUGUUGGAUGUGAUCCAGUCCGGUUUGGAGAACCACGACUCUGGCGUCGGCAUCUAUGCCCCCGACGCUGAGGCGUACACAGUGUUCGCCGAUCUGUUCGAUCCCAUCAUUGAGGACUACCAUGGUGGCUUCAAGAAGACCGACAAGCAUCCCGCAUCCGAUUUCGGUGAUGUGAGCAGCUUCGGCAAUGUCGAUCCCACCAACGAGUAUGUGAUCUCGACUCGUGUCCGUUGCGGUCGCUCCAUGCAGGGUUACCCCUUCAACCCCUGCUUGACUGAGGCCCAGUACAAGGAGAUGGAAUCGAAGGUUAGCAGCACUCUGUCUGGCCUCGAGGGCGAGCUCAAGGGCAAAUUCUACCCAUUGACCGGCAUGGAGAAGGCCGUCCAGCAGCAGCUGAUCGAUGAUCAUUUCCUGUUCAAGGAGGGUGAUCGUUUCCUGCAGGCCGCCAACGCUUGCCGCUACUGGCCCUCGGGACGUGGCAUCUACCACAACGACAACAAGACCUUCCUGGUCUGGUGCAAUGAGGAGGAUCAUUUGCGUAUCAUCUCCAUGCAGCAGGGUGGCGAUUUGGGCGAGAUCUACCGUCGUCUGACCACCGCCGUCAAUGAGAUCGAGAAGCGUGUGCCCUUCAGCCACGAUGAUCGUCUUGGUUUCUUGACCUUCUGCCCCACCAACUUGGGCACCACCAUCCGUGCCUCCGUGCACAUCAAGGUCCCCAAGCUGGCUUCGAACAAGGCCAAGCUCGAGGAGGUUGCCGCCAAGUACAACCUGCAGGUGCGCGGCACUCGCGGCGAGCACACCGAAGCCGAGGGCGGUGUCUAUGACAUCUCCAACAAGCGUCGCAUGGGUCUCACCGAAUACCAGGCCGUCAAGGAGAUGUACGAUGGCAUCACCGAGCUGAUCAAGCUCGAGAAGAGCCUGUAAAUUCAACAACA